AUGAAAGACUUCGCACCACCGUCCAGAAACGACAUGGCGUCCAACAUCGUUACGCUUGAGCAGUUCCCUGCCUUUCUCAGCACACUGAAGAGUCUGUCGAGAUACAAUCCCGAAGUAGAGAGGAAACCGAACCAUGUAUGGUACCGACUCGACAAAGUUAGAAUUGACAAUCUCCUCAGAGCCUUUUCGUUGAUCAUCAUCCAAAUGCUACACGGUUCCCCGGACAAAGACCAAGAAUUGCAACAUCUCCUUCGAACAGCCUCCGGCCUUGCAAAUGUUUUGCGCAGCCCAGUAAUCACGGUAGCUCUCAUUGGAGCUCAAGGCGCGGGAAAAUCUCUCAGCUUGAACGCUCUUUUCGACUGCGAUGGUCUCUCGCUCACAGGAGCUGACGGAGCAGCAUGUACCUCUUCCAUCACCCGUUAUGCUUACUACAGCGGAAAGUACAAGUUCGCGGCCGAGAUCAAGUUUCUAGACGCAGAAAAGCGCGAAGCCCUGUUGAAGGAGCAUGCUCGCAGCUAUUAUCACUACCAACAUGCUGACGAAGACUCCGACGAUGAAGAUGCACCUAGAUCAAGGCCAUCUCGUCAUGAUGAGACGGAGCGUCGUCAGAAAGACACAGCCGAAGAUGCCUUCUUGACCUUGUUUGGGUCUCUUGAUGCAUUCCAAGAGAGCUGGAGUGCAGCUGCAUACAGAAGCGGAGAGUUUGUCAGGAUUUGCAAGAUGAAAUGCGAGGAGACUUUACACGAAGAACACGGAGGUUCGGGUAUUGCUACCAAGUUUGCUGAUAAUCAGAAGGAUCUCAUCAAGCAGCUCAAACCCUUUCUUACCGAGGUCAAAGGUGUCACAUGUCUGUGGCCACUUGUGGAUCAAGUCACGAUCAAGCUCAACAACGAACUUUUGCAGUCCGGUAUUGAGAUCAUUGACCUUCCUGGUUGGGGUGAUGCCAACCUCUCAAGAGUCCGCCAUGCUGAGGACAUCAAAGACACUGUAGAUGUAGAGAUCAUUCUGGCCGACACCAUACGUAUGUGUUCGGACGACAAGGUAAUCAACAGCGUAAGGGCAGCCGUCGCCCAUCACGGGCCUGCAAACGUGAAGAUAGUCGCUACAAAAAUCGAUUCUAUCAGCAAUAACCAGCUAUCUCAAUACACAGGAGACAACUACGAUGAGAUUACGAAACUCAUCCAGGAUGCUGAGCAGCAGGACGCACAACUCGACGAAGACGAGGAUGACGAGGCGUUGAAGAAGAAGAAUGUCAUCGAGAAGUACAAGUCGUACCUCGAACGUAUCUUGAAGCAGACAAAGGUCUCAGAACGUGCCGAAGACAUGACCGCCAAAUUGGCCGCCAAGCUACAAACCAGAAACGCUCAAGACAUACCACAAGUCUUUCAUGCGUCAGCCUCGGAAUACAUGGAGUGGAUCAAGCCAUCAAGGAUCAACUUCAAGAAUCAGCCUUCCUUACCUGUGGAGAUGACUGGCAUACCUGCUAUUCGACAAUUCCUCUACUCACUGCCUGCCGACCAGAACAUCAAAGACUACGAGUAUCACAUCAACACGAUCCUACCAAUGUUCAUCGAGAAGAUCAAGAGGACGGUUACUGUUUCCGAGCGUGAUGGAGGUUUCUUGACUAUUGCCGAAGCGUUCGAUACCACGCGCAAGGCGUUCAUGGCACGUUUGCUCUCACAAGUGAAGAGCUCUUUCCAGUCAUCAUCAGACAACAGCAUUGCCAAGAUCCAGGUCUAUGUCCCCGCUUUCAAGGAACAGAUCAUCGAGCUCGUCUUGGAAGACUGGAAUGAACUCAAGUCUGCGGCCUUCAAUCGGAUCCUGAAGUGUCGCGGCACAGUACCGAAAGGAGUCUCCAAGGCUAGAGGUCUGGAGAACGGUGCCGAUUGGAACAUGGAUCUUGCUAACAUCCUCGCACCGGCAUUCCACAAGUGGUCCAAGACGUAUGCUGAUUGCUUGAAACCUAUGAAACCGUCAAUGGCUUAUGCUUUCGACAAGCAUCAUAAAGAGAUCAAUCGUGUCAUGACUGUGUCGCCAGCAAACUUGCCCACAGUGGAGAAAGCAAAGAAGAAAUGGGCCCCUUUCCACCACAAGGUGCAGGUCAAGCUACUAGGCCUUAUGGACGCCAUCGCGCGAGUUCAAACAACCAUGAUGGAAUGGGCUACUCUGGAAUUCGACAAGGAGAACAACCUCAUAGCACAUAUCACCGACGAUAUCUAUGCGGAAGUCUUCAGCACAGUCCCAGCGCUCAAACCAGUCAACCCAGACGCCAAGAAACAGUACAAGCAGUACGUUGAGCCCAAGCUGAAGUUCCAGAAGAAGAACCUGGCUGAGAUGUUCCUGCACGGCGAGACGCAUUUCGUGGACAUCGUCAUGAACCACUUCCAUGGAGAGUUCGACAAGGCUAUACGCCAGACGCUGAUGGAGCAUUUUGCCGGCAUCGAGAAGUUGUUCGAAAACUUCAGCGCCUCCCUUCGUUCCCAGGUACCCAUCAGCUAUCUACUGACGCCGGAGGGCGAGGCUAUCCGCGCCGAAGCCGGAGAGCGGAUCCCAGAGCUCGAGCAGAAAGUGGACGAGCUUCGCGCGCUUCUCCCAGCGAGGGCCAGCCAAGAGCAGGACGGCAUUGAGAUUGAUAACAUCGACCUCAAAGGCAACGUGCAUGAUAUUGCGCUCAUCUUCGAGACAAUGGCUAAGCGCAAGACGGCUGAUCCUACUGCCGCACACCGCCAGAGCAAGAGGAUCAAGCUGGAGCCGCGCUAG